CAGUCUCAGAACAGUGUGCAAAGAGAGAGAGCAAGGGAGGGAGAGAAAAAAGCAAAGUGCAUGUUAGAGCCCACUGUGGUCACUGCUGAAACACUGAAUCAGAGAGAAAUGGAGGGAUUAACCAGUCGGAUUUAAAAAUCUGGAGCUCAUGCGGAGGCAGCCAAUCGGAAGACGAUCUGGAUUAAAAGGAGCCUUGGUCUAAAUGGGUCCGGUUAUGCCUCCCAGUAAGAAGCCGGAAGGUUCCGGGGUCAGUGUUGCGAGCGGCCUGAGCCAGUUCUAUCAGGCAAGCUCCAUCACGCGCACCCUGCAAGAGGCCGAAGACAUUGACCUGGCUCUUCCCACCAUCAAACUAGAGAAGGGCAGUGUGGAGGACGAGGAGCUCACCAACCUAAACUGGCUCCACGAGAGCAAGAACCUUCUCAACAGCUUCGGCGAUCCCGUGCUGAGGAGUGUCAGCCCAGUCCAGGACCUGGAUGAUGACACCCCACCCUCCCCAGCCCACUCGGACCUCCUUUACGACGCCAAGCAGAACCCGAACUGCAAACCCCCUUAUUCAUUCAGCUGCCUCAUCUUCAUGGCCAUAGAAGAUGCCCCCUCCAAGAGACUGCCAGUUAAAGACAUAUAUGACUGGAUCUUGGAACACUUCCCUUACUUUGCCAAUGCUCCCACAGGGUGGAAGAACUCAGUCAGGCACAAUCUGUCGCUCAAUAAGUGUUUUAAGAAAGUGGACAAAGACAGGAGCCAGAGUAUUGGAAAGGGCUCCCUGUGGUGCAUAGACCCAGAGUACAGGCAGAAUCUCAUCCAGGCGCUAAAGAAGACCCCUUAUCACCCUUAUUCCCAGGUGUUCACGAUGCCACCCACCUCUCCUCAGGCAUAUCAAAGUAUGUCCAGUCCUCCAAUAUGGCCAGGAAGUCCCUUUUAUAGAAAAAACAAGGGAGUCCUAAUACAAGUCCCUCAGGGAGUGAUCCAGAAUGGAGCCUGUAUGAUGAACCAGGGCAUCUUCCCAGGAAUCCGACCCCUUCCCAUUAGCCCCAUUGUGAGCAGGACAGCUGUUGUCAGGUCAGUACUUGCUGGCUAUGGAAUUAACAGUGACGGCGAGCCAAUCCUUAACUCGCCAUUGGUUUGCAGUGACCCCAAGGAUGACCACAACUACAGUUUUGCCAAAUCUUCCAGCUCUGAUGUCGGAGAAGAGACCCUCUGCGACGGAAGCGAGGUGAGCUUCCACGCCAUCGAGGUCGGCAGUGACGCGGAGGAUGACGACAAGAGCAAAAUCAAGAAGGAGCCCAAGGAGUGGUCUGUGGAUGCCCUCGCACUGGCCCAGCACAAGAAAAGGCAACAUUUGACAAAAGCCAAACUGAGAGUGGCAAGUGACACACUUCCUCUAAAAAAGAGGCGCACGGAGAAGCCUCCGGAAAGCGAUGAUGAGGAAAUGAAGGAGGCGGCCGGGUCCCUGCUCCAUUUGGCGGGAGUCAGGGCUUGUUUGAACAAUAUCACCAACCGGACGGCUAAGGGGCAGAAAGAGCAAAAAUAAUGAACAGACUGUAUUAUAAAGAGGAAAAAAAAAAACAUCACUUUGAAUAGAAUUUACUAUUUUUUUCCAGGACAUCAGGUGAAUUCUACUGAUUUGUGGCAAUAUCAACAAUCACUUUGUUUUCCUAUCUUUAUAGGUAACAUUUUAAGGAGGGUUUCUUGUUUAAGUUCACUUUUUAAUUUUAUUGUGUUUUUUUAAUCUACGGAGAUUGAAGCCAUAGCUUUCCCUUUUUUUAAAUAUUAAGCAAAGGAAUUCACUUGGCUGAUAGAUAAAGUGAUAGAGCUACACACAUAAUUUGCCCUGAGUGUCAGUUAAAAACGUGAUAGGAAAUUUGUCUGCCUCUAAACGUAAAUGAUAAACAUUGUGCAGUGUUCUCAAUUUGUGGUGCAGCACGCCAGAGACAGAUAAUUACGAUUGACAGUUAUCUCUGACAGUUAUCUCUGAUGUGAAUAAAAUGUUUUCCCCUUGGUUAGAAGCACAGGGCCGUGCCAAAGACAAUCCUGUGGGCUUGAGCAGUUCCUGUGAUGUCACUUCCUCUUGAUGCUCUGCCCUUUAAUCCAGUCCAACAGCACUGGGCCAUGCAGUAAACGCUCAUGUCCUGUACUUGUCUUUGGGCUUGUAUGAAUCAUAAUUUUAUGAGAUAAGCCAUAAGCCUUUGUUAAAGUGCUUUUUGGAGGCAAAGGCAACCUGAUCUUAUGGAAUGACGUUACUAUACCUACAUUUUUGCAAAAUAAUUUUUACACGACUCGUUAUAUGUAUCUCAGCAGUUUCCUGGUGAAAUGAACACUAGAGGCGCGACAACAACCACUUUUAUUCACUUUCGACAGAUUAUCAGUUCAUAAACACUUCAUUUUUGCCCUGUUCCUCACACAGUGCGAUCUUAACGUCAAAACACUUUUACUAUAGCACAUUAUGACUUGUAAGACGAUACAUUUUAACGUUUGCAUUGCAUAACCAACUGCAUUUACAAGCUUAUUCGAGUGGGUGCAAUAGAGCAUUGCACUAGUGAUGCAAAGUUCCGGGGAAUGAGUCCAGAAGAGCAUGCAAGUCGCCACAUGAGCCAAAAGUGUCAUAGAAGCACCGCAAAAUGAUGUGGUUGCUUCAGCAACUGUUUUUUUUUAUCUCACAUUUACUUUUAUGACACUAUUGGUUAGGUUUAGGUUCAAGGUGUAGGUUAGGGACAUAGGGUUUGUUGACUUAAAACUUGAUAAAACCAUCAUCUGUUUGGGGGAAAAAUUAACUCUGUUUUAGUGCCACACAGUGAACAUUUCACCUCGGAACUGACGCGAUACAUAUAGGUUGCCACAUAAUAUAACUUUGUAAAAAUGUUGCCCCAGUCUCGUAAUUUUCAUGAGAUCAGGUAGGGCAAAAGUGACACAUUAACAAUAUGUUUUUUAAAACUGCCCAAGUUUUUUCCUGAGCAAUCAAAAUGAGUGAUAUUGUCCAUCUAAAGUGAUAAGGGAUGGUGAUUUUUCUUCUUUGGCGCAAUGAAAAUGAAAACUUGGAGCUAAUGCUACAAUACCUGCCAAUUGUAUUUUAAUAGUGAAAAAUAAUGACUGUGGAGUUGUUUUGUGUUUGUUUGUUUAAAUUUUUUUUUUGUUUUGUUUCAAACCCUCGUGAUGUAAUAAGCAAUUUCAUUCAGUCAGGAUAACACUGUAUAAAAGUUACACUAGACCAUUUUUUCCUUUCUUAAUUUAAGCAAUGUAGCCAGCAGGAUUUUCCAAAUCAUGUUGCAUGGGUUCUGUAAAGAAAAAGAAGACCGUUUUUUUUGUUUUGUUUUGUUUUUAAUCAAAGUUCAUGUAAGGUAAAUAAUGUAUUUAGCAUGGAGCAUGAAUUAUUUUCAUAUAAAUAUAGAUCAUAGAGAACUACGGCACCGCCUCUAAUUUCUAUGCCAAUAGGCCUAGUCUCUUUCGUUGUUUUCGUCUCAUUUCAUUUGUUGUCCUCAUCAUAUUUCUGUUGAAGCAGGCAUUUUAAGAAUUACCUUCUUCAGGGACAAACAGUGACUGUUGGGAAACUCUCUCUGCAAUAUGACGACUUCACGCUACAUGCAGGGCUAGGGCCGUCUCAUAGACUACAGCCGCCAUCUAACGAAUACUGCUCCAGAGUUCCGAAUUUCAGCGAUGUCAGUGUCCGUGUCGUUAAGGAGAAAUUCGUAGUGAGUGUCAGUCCUCCCAGCUUCUUCCUGCUUUGUGCCUGCUUUUAUUUAAUGUGUAAUUCGGGUUUGCGUGUCUGUGAAUUAUUCAGGGUCUUCCAUUUAUUCCGCAAGACUUUGGAUCUGCAGUACAAAAUGAAACAUAGUUUUGUUCGUUUUUCUCUGUAUUACAUUGUAGCGCUGUUUUGGAGAGUUGUCAGUAUUGAUUUAGUUGAUCUUGUUACAGGCGGACAAACGGAAAGAUAUUUACACCCAAGCAUACAUAUAUUUAAGCACUUAUAGGCAAAAAAGAAAGUGAUACCAGAGCUCAGUGCAAACGCUAGUGUAUAUAUUUUCACGACCUCGCCAAAUUGCACUUUCAUUGAUUUAACAUAAGGAUGAUUCAGUGCCAAAGCCUGUAAUGAAUCUCUAUACACUGCAAAAUGGAGGCCGCACACUUGAUAUGUAUGUCAAAUCAUAAACAUGUCAAUAAGUUGUAGCAUUUCUGUCAAAUACCCAUGUAUGAUAUCUUCAUAUUUGUUAAUAUCACAUUGCAUUGCUGUAAUUUGCUCAUCUGGAUGUCUUUUAUUUCAUAAAGUCAUACUGCCUUCCCCUCUUAUCUGAUAAUAAUGGUUCGACCCAAUGUUUUGUAGCGUGUUGAAUGUCAAACUCAUGAGUGUUAAUGUAAUGUAUCCAAUUGGCAUGCCUUUUUACCUAACCAAGCUAGAAAUUUCUUCCCCAUAUCAGAAUACCCCCGAUUUUAACUUUCAUACAGAUUUGUGUCCUUGUUUUCUGUUUGGUCUUUUAUCAAAUUAACAUAUGCCAUAUCAAGUUUCACUUCAAAAUAGUUGAAAUGGAGGAAAACCAGUAGCAGAGAAAGCUAUGAAUACUUUAUAUACACUGCCUUUCUUCAACAGACAACACUCACCAUGUAACUUUUCCUUUUAGAGUUAUUUCAGAGGCAAAACUCUGUUAAAGGAACUUAAAAUAUGUUAAAAUGCAUCAACAAGAGCCAGUCUAAUAAGCGUUAAUAGGAGGCGAAGUGUUUCUUUUUUUUUUCUCAUUGUGUUUUUUUCAUUGAUAAUUUUAGUAAAAGGUUCUUAUGAACUGCCGUUAUGUUAAGUGUUUGAGUAUGUUAAGAUGAAAGUAAUGGAGUCCAUUUGGUUUGAAAUGAAUUAUUCGGUCUGAUGGCAUGUGCACCCAGCUAAUAUGUCAAUAUAGAGGCAUAACUGCACUCUGUAUUUCCUUGACUUGUAAUCAUAUUGCCAAAGACAACAAUUUUAAUGAUUAAUGUAAAUAUCACUUUGUCCAUAAUUACGACAAAUUCUAUUUGUUUUUGUUUCAUUUUAUUUUUCUCCAAACCCUACCAUAAAGUUUCUGUGACGUAUUGUCUUCCAGUUGCAAUAAAAAAAGAAAAUUUAAAAAAAUGUUUCAAAGAUGAUACUG